AUGGUAAAGGGAAAAGGGAAAAAUCCCUUCAAGCAAUACCUCCCAAUGAAACCAAUAAAAAGAGGAACAAAAAUCUGGGAAGUUGCUUGCUCUUGUUGUGGAUAUUUGUUUGACUUUCAAGUGUACACUGGUAAAGCCAAUGGAGUUAGUGAAAAUGGCCUAGCACAUCGGGUUGUUAUUGAUCUUGUAUCUGAACUUCGUGAUCAAGGUAUUAUUGUUUGUAUUGACAAUUUUUUCACUGGUUUUCCACUCAUGAAAGAACUGCGUCAAUGGUCUACAUAUGUUGUUGGGACUCUCAGAACAAAUAGAAAGGGAUAUCCUGAAGCACUAAAGAAUGCCAACCUCCUCAAAGGAAUGAAGCGAGGAGAUUAUCACACUGUCGCUUGUGGUGAAAUAGUUUGUGCAGUAUGGAAGGACACAAAGCAUGUGACCUUUGUUUCCAAUGUCCACUCUUCAUCAGGAAACACUACAAUACAGAGGAAGCUGAAAAAAGGAGGUAAACUAAGUCUGCCUUGUCCACCAUCUGCUGUUUCAUACAAUGUCAACAUGGGUGCAGUAGAUAGGCAUGAUCAGAUGGUACAGUCAUAUGCGAUUGACAGGAAAUCCCGACGCUGGUGGGUUCGGCUAUUUGUGAAUUUCCUUGAUGCUAUAAUGGUGAAUGCAUACAUUAUAUACAAGCAAAACUUCAAGAUUAUGAAUAUGCCUCAACCUCAGAAACCUCCAGAGCCAAUGGGGCAUGAUAAGUUCAUGGCAUGUAUCAUUCAUAAUCUGAUGGGUGACUUUUCUUGUCGUCGCCACCCUGGUCCAGCUCCAUCUUUGCCCAUCACACCAGCAUAUAGCAAUAAACAUGACUCUGUAAAUAUGGUGGAGCUUGGGCUUUUAAAAUUUGGAAGAUGCAAUCACUGUUGUAUUGGUGUAAAGAAUUCAAAAAGGAAGGAGACAGGGUUUGGAUGCAAGACCUGCAUGAAGCGGCUAUGUCGCUCCAGUUGCCAUAUGGACUACCACAGGAAACUAAAUAUAUUUUAG